UUAAAAAUGCCGGCCGCUUUCAUGUUAAGUAUAAUAGCUUUGAAAAAACUCCAAGCUAAAAAAGAACGCAUUAAGAAACGCGUACUUAGAGAUUCAUCCAAUCCAAUGGAUAUUCCUGAAAAAGCUUUCAUAGCACAUUAUCGCCUUAAUAAGGCUGCAUUUACCAUGAUUUUGGAUGAAAUUGGAGGAUAUAUGAACCAAAGUUCAAUUCCAAAAAUAGUUCGCUUGGCCGGAGCAUUAAGAUUUUUAGCAGUCGGUUCUUUUCAAGGUGUGAUCGCCAAUGACAUAAAUAUAAGUAUGGAUCGUACAACCUUUUGUAAAGUAAUGUGGGAUGUACUCAAUAUUAUUGAGGAUAGACUCUGUCCACUUUGGAUUCAAUUGGAUAUGAAUGAAUCUGAAUCAAAUGCAUCGAAAUUGCAUUUCUAUGAAAAAUAUAAAAUUCCUGGUGUUAUAGGUUCAGUUGAUGGAACCCAUGUAAGGCUGGUAAAACCUCCGACCGAUCCCGAAGUUUAUUAUUGUAGAAAAGGUUACUAUAGCCUGAAUGUAAUGGUGAUUUGCGACAACCAAAUGAAAGUACGUGCAGUCGACGCAUCUAGGCCUGGUUCUUGUCACGAUGCUUUUGUAUGGAAUUUAAGCGAUGCUAAUAAAUAUUUUGCUGAAAUGUACUUAAAUGGUAUUCGAAAUUCUUGGUUGUUAGCAGAUUCCGCAUAUGCCUUAGAGCCGUAUGUUUUAGUGCCAUACAAAGCUCCAUCAUGUGGGUCAAUGCAACACAAAUUUAAUUUACUACAUUCAUCAGCUCGAAAUAUAGUGGAAAGGACUAUAGGCAAUUUGAAAAGUCGUUUCAGAUGUCUUCAAAUGUGCUUACCCUACACUCCGUUGAAAGUUGUAAAAUUACAAAUAUUUGUUGUGCACUCCACAAUAUUUGUAAACACUUCAACGUACCUAUAGAAGAUGAAAAUAUGAUAGCCUCUAUACCAAAUGAUGAAAUUGAUGAAAACUCUGGUGAAAUUCAAGAUAAUAUUAAUGGAGUAGAAAUUAGGGACAACAUAGCAA